AUGAAGUUUAAUGGUACUUUACACAGAUAUAAUGACCAUCAAGUUGCUUUUGAAUAUGAACCAGUCGGUUUACCAAAUGCAUUAAUCAUGAUCGGUGGUAUGACAGAUGGCCUAACUACUGUUCCAUAUUUAACCAAUUUACCACAUGUAUUAGAACCAUUAGGUUAUUCUGUAGUACAAAUACAAAUGAAGAGUAGUUUUAUUGGUUGGGGGACAUCUUCUGUAAAGGAAGAUGUGACUCAAAUUAAGCAAUUAAUUGGUUAUUUAAAAUCUGAAGAAGGCGGUAACAAGAAAGAAAUAGUAAUAAUGGGACAUUCUACUGGUUCCCAAGAUGUUAUGCAAUCUCUGUUAAGUAUUAGCGAUGAAAUAAAGGCCGGUAUCCUUCAAGCAUCAUGUUCUGACAGAGAAUGUUUCACGUUGUAUGCCUCGAAGGAAAUAAGAGAUGAUUUAAACGCUAGAGCCAAGAAAUUGUUGGAUGAAGGUAAAGACGAUGAAAUAUUAUCUCGUGAAUACAUGGCAUACACAAAUGACACUCCAGUGACAGCUUAUAGAUGGUGUUCAGUUAUGUUGCCGGAAGGGGAUGACGAUUUCUUUUCUACAGAUUUAUCAGAUGAUGCAUUGAAACAAACAUUUGGUAAAAUCAACAAACCAUUCUUAGUCGCAUACUCAGAGAAGGAUGAAUUUAUUCCUCAAGAUAUCGAUAAACAUGCUGUUUUGAAAAGAUGGGAAUCUAUCAGUAAUCCACAGUUUUGGUCCCAAAACUCCGGAAUUGUGCCUGGCGCUUCUCAUGGUGUUAAACAACCAGCUUCGCAAGAGUUUUUGUAUGAAAAGGUAUCAGCUUUCUUUGAAGAAUUUAAUUUGUAA